GAAGCGGGCGGGGGGUGCGGUGAAGCGCGGCGCGACGCGUUCGGGCGCGGUCUCCUCUCACCCUGCGCCCGCCCCCGCCCCCGGGCCGUCCGGCAUUCCGCCGCCAUCGGUCUGCGGCUCGUCCCCGAGGGGAGGCGGCCCGUCCCGAGCCUGCCUUCGCUGUGCAGGCCUCCCUUCCGUUUCUGUUAGCCGCUGUGGGGCCGCGGGGUGGCUGCUGCCCGCCCGUUCGCUAAAACGCAGCGCCCUGCUUAUUGCCUGUGCUGGGGCGGGCGGGCAGUGCCUCAUCCGGAUUGGGAAAUUUGGGAACCGUGGGCACGCAGGUGGAGCCCGUUUCCAAAUUUCCCGUCUCUUCGCAUCCAGAUGUCCUGUAGCAUGGCUGCUGAAGAGGUCUUUUUUUUGGAAGAAGAAAGAUUCAAGCAGUACUGUGAAGAAUUUGUUAAACAUUCACAGCAAAUAGGGGAUGGCUGGGAGUGGAGAACUACCAAGGACUUUGGUGAUGGUUAUCUCAGUAAAACACAUUUCCAGGUGCCAAAUAAAAGCAUCUCACCAGAUCUCAAGAAGAAAAACGAUAACAUUGAACAAAUGCUGCUUACACAUGUUGAAGAAUCUUUGGAUGAUUCUCAAGUAGCUGGAGUCUGUGCAACAGAAGAAGUAAUUCGCUAUGAGUAUCAUGUCUUGUAUUCCAGCAGCUACCAAGUACCUGUGCUUUAUUUUAGGGCUUGCUUUUUAGAUGGAAGACCUUUAACGCUGGAUGAAAUUUGGAAAAGUGUUCAUGUGUGCUACCAGGCUCGCCUGCAGGAAGGGCCAUGGGACACUAUUACACAGCAGGAGCAUCCCUUACUUGGACAGCCAUUUUUUGUUCUACACCCCUGCCGGACUAAUGAGUUCAUGUGCUCUAUAAUGGCCGGUUCACAAAAAGACAACAGAUACAGAAAUUACAUUGUAUUGUGGCUAAGUACAGUAGGCCCAGUUGUGGGUCUGAGUUUACCCUUGAGUUACGCAAAGCUGGGACUUGAAAAGAAAACAAACGCUGAAAUUGAUUGAAAUUUUAUUGAAAGACCCCUGAGCUUGAAGACAGGUAAUACACCCAUGUAGUAAAGCCACUGCAGACUUUUCUAGAGAAGAAACAAACACAGACUGAAGGAAUUCUGUGUGAUUGGUAAGCAGGGUAACACUGAAAGAUAACUAUUCAUGGCUCUUUCUUUGGCAAGCACUUGCCUAAUUACAGGUGAAUCCUUAAGAGUUGGCUGCAGUUCUGAUGGCAACUCCCAAACACCACCAAUACUUGUUCUCCCUUGUGACAGCACUGACCUUCUGAAGUUGCUCAUUUUCUUCCUCUGCUUUACCGUGAUUAUGGCCUUAAUAGGGCUUCACGCAAAUACACAUAUGUGGAUACAGAGUUGAAAUGCUGUGUUUGAGCCUACUUUCACCUUUCUACUGCAUAGUGUGUGAGAAUAUGUACAGAAAGGACUUGCAGAACGUGGCUUAAGAUUGUAGCAAUCUGUAUAUGGGACAUUGCCUAGGGACCACCUUCUCUAGCAUACGUUGACCCUCAUAUUCCACAUUACACACAUAAAAUGUCCAAAUCCCAGGAUUAUAUUGUUACUGAGCAGGUAUGGUUCUAGGAUUCAAGGUGCCUAAUGCUAUCCUGUGAGAACAUCAGGCUUUUACCUGCCUCGGUGCCUCUGAAGGAAGCUUUGCCAUACCCUAAGGGAGUAACUGUUGUAGUCAAAUUAGUAUUUAUCAUUGUACUAGUAGUUUUCACUUUUUGUCCCUGUCCUGCAAUCUUUGCACAAGCAUCCCCUGACAGAUGUUGAAGUUUGAGCAAGUAGGAAUCACACAGUAGUGCAAUCAGUGAGAAACAGACGUAACUUCUGUACAAGCCAUCCUGGAUUUCUUCCCAGUCACAUUUAUAUGUAAUAUAAAACAGACCACUAGUAUGAUGGAAUUGAAAAUUUUACUUUUUAUGUUCAGCAUUAUCUAAUGUAUGCUACAUCAUAGCCGGAAAUGUAAGAUACAACGGUUUUCAAAUUGUUUUUUCUUUUUUUUUCUUUUUCUUUUUCUUGAUGUUAUGAUUGGUUGCAUAUUUUAAAUUUGCAUCAUAUGUUUUUUGUGGAUUGAAAUAAAGCCCUUGAAAUUUCA